AGCUCAUUUGCAUGGUAGCUGUGGUGUAAUGUGGGUGUGUUCAUUCCCUGCAUUCAGUGCGACGUUCCCCACUAACAAUUUAAGAUGGCGACCGUGCAUCUGAGAAUCGGGGAUUUGGUUUGGGGCAAGCUUGGCCGCUAUCCACCUUGGCCAGGAAAGAUCGUCAGUCCUCCAAAGGAUCUGAAAAAGCCAAGAGGCAAAAAAUGCUUUUUUGUCAAGUUUUUCGGAACUGAAGAUCAUGCCUGGAUAAAGGUAGAGCAGCUGAAGCCCUACCACCCCCACAAAGAAGAGAUGAUCAAGAUAAACAAAGGCAAACGCUUCCAACAGGCUGUUGAUGCGGUUGAGGAGUACCUAAAAAAAGCCAAGGGAAAAGAUCAGACACACUCUGAUGACAAAAGCAAAUCAGAGAAAGGGCGUAAAACGGCUAAACCGAUGAAGAUUAUUGAAGAAGAUGAUGAAGACCCCUUCAAGGGUGGCUUAUCAGACAAGGAACAGACUGAUUCUGAUCCAGAGCCAUCCUCUGUACAACGUCUUGUCGCUGGAACAGUAUCAGGAUUCAAAUGGGAGAGCAGUCCAGUAAAGGAUGACCCACAUUUCCAUCACUUUCUGCUCAGCCAGUCUGAGAAGCCGGCCUCAUCAAUGGAACCCAUCACCAAACGCCUAAAGAUUAUCGAGGAGGACACCAAAUCAACAUCCAUUCAAGCAGCAGACAGCACAGCCAUCAAUGGCAGCAUCACACCUACAGACAAAAGGAUAGGAUUCCUUGGACUGGGGCUAAUGGGAAGUGGUGUGGUUUCUAAUCUGUUGAAGAUGGGGCAUGUUGUGACGGUUUGGAAUCGCACGGCAGAAAAAUGUGAUUUGUUCAUACAAGAGGGUGCAAGAUUAGGACGAACGCCUGCAGAGGUUGUGUCCAUGUGUGAUAUCACAUUUUCCUGUGUAUCAGACCCAAAAGCUGCCAGAGAUUUGGUUUUAGGUCCUAGUGGUGUGCUACAGGGAAUCAGACCAGGCAAAUGUUACGUGGAGAUGUCCACUGUCGAUCCAGAAACCAUCACAGAGCUUGCACAGGUCAUCACUUCCAGAGGUGGCAGAUUCCUGGAAGCGCCAGUUUCAGGCAGCCAGCAGCUUUCCAAUGAUGGUAUGCUGGUCAUUGUUGCUGCAGGAGAGCGCAGUGUUUAUGAAGAUUGUAGCAGUUGCUUCCAAGCAAUGGGGAAGACGUCUUUCUUUAUAGCAGGAGAAGCUGGAAAUGCCGCAAGAAUGAUGCUGAUCCUUAACAUGGUUCAAGGCAGUUUCAUGGCAACUAUCGCAGAGGGAUUGACCUUGGCGCAGGCCACGGGACAGUCACAGCAAACAUUCUUGGAUAUUCUUUGCCAAGGACAAAUGGCAAGCACUUUUGUGGACCAGAAAUGCCAGAAUAUUUUGCAGGGCAACUUCAAACCGGAUUACUACCUGAAACAUAUUCAGAAAGAUCUGAGAUUAGCCAUUUCAAUGGGAGAUUCGGUUAAUCAUCCGACACCAAUGGCAGCAGCCGCAAAUGAGGUGUACAAGAGAGCAAAAGCAUUGGACCAGUCAGAUAAUGACAUGUCUGCAGUCUACAGAGCUUACAUUCACUAAUCCUGUAGAUGUGCUCUACGUCCCGGACCAUAAACUUCACCUACUUUUCUUUGUUUCUCUUGCUCACUUUCUCUCCUCUGUUGAUGAAUUUCGUUGGGCACCAGUGAUGUUUCCUAUGUGUAAUGGGAUCUCUUUAGCAGCCUAAUCCGAGCAUUGCACUGACUAUAGUAUCUCUGCACGUACGCCUAACGGGAGGCAAUUUAUCUCCCUGCAAUUGAUUAUUACAGAACGUGCAGUUUAUUAUAACCGCAUUUCUUUGAGGCUACUGCGUACAAUGCAGUUUCGUUUAAAAUGGCUAGGGUUUUAUUUAUCGUUCAUUUCUUAAAUAAAUUCCCUCCAUGUUCGGAAAUCUGUAAAAAGACGUUUGAGGAGCAUGACGAAGCCACUGCAUUGCCUUAAUUCCCAUAUAUGAUAGAUGUAUUUAUUUAUUUUACCUUUGAAGAUGACCAUCCUGUCAGGUGCAUUUUGGCCGUACGUUUAAUUUUCUCAUUUUUGUUCAAGGUCAAUAGUUUUUUGCAGUGUUUAAAGUUGGCCAUGUAAAACCCCCACAAAGAUCCUGAAACAAUGAAGUCCAUCAUGCUGAAAGGCAUGCAAUAGCUUUUCCAAGUAUUGAAUCAUAACUUAACAAUUAUGCAGUGGAACUACCUGUUUUCCAGGGCCAUCUUUUAACUGUGGAUAAGCAUUUUGAAUCGAUUUGUUUUACUUGUCUUUAUUUGAAAACUUUUUAAAUUGGACCUUAUAGUGCAAAUUAAUUCUUUGCACAGUCAGCUGGCAGGUGAUCUGUUGCCUUAAUUUGAUUAUGUUUUAGUGUAAUUUGUUUGAAAGACUAAUUGACUGUUCAAAACAUUUUUUUAUUUAAGUACCCAUAUGACUUGAAGAGAAUUAUAAAACAAGUUUGGAAGUCAAGAUAAAUAUGAAAUAAUCUUGCAACAUUUUAUCCCUAAAUUAUAAUUGAUUCAUGCAUUUAUUUUAAUAGUUAUGUUGCAGGCCAUAUACAGUGGCAUUAAUUUGGUCUUUUUAAAUUUCAAAAUACAGGGUGAUUUCUACAAACUCUUAUUCUGCCAAAAAUUUGAAGUGCUUGAUUAUGGAUAAAACAAAAUAUUGGUUAUUAUGGACUCUUAAGAUAAAGACAUUGUAUAUAUCCCAUCAAAGGUUUGGUUUAUUUGAAUACAUUGAAUAACAUGAUUUCAGUUUGACUCUACUGAAUUUAGCAAUCAUCUGGUGUCUUAAUAUUGUAGCCUGUUCUGUUGUCUUAGCUAAUGGGUUUAUUUACUGUAAAUGGUUUAUUGAUUUUGUGGCUUAAACAGUUGGCAAUGACGUACUGACAACUUGAUUCUAGUUGUACAAGGAAGGUAUUUGGUGUUAUAAUUGGAGUUAUUUAUAAUUUCAUGUAAAUGUGAAAUUUCUUUUGCUUUUUGUUUGUGCGGUCAGCUGAACCCUCUGAAUAAACAAACCGAAUGUCUAAUUCA